AUGGAUACGAAGGUCCAAGAGGUUCUCAGUCCACUGAGCUAUCGCUUGAUCCAGCUUGUGGGGCAUCAUAAUACACUGCCUGUGCUAGUUGCUCUGGGCGUAGUGCUAGUUUCCUAUGUCAUAUACAAUGUCGCCUUUGCAACCGACAUCCCUUAUAUCAAGGGGCUGCCGGAGAUCCCAGGCGCGGUUCCCGUCUUUGGUCAUUUGUUAAAGCUCGGCGAGGACCACGCCACCGUGUGCGAGAAAUGGUGGCGCCAGUACAACCAGCCCGUUUUCCAGAUCAAGCUGGGUAACACCCGGGCCGUGGUGGUCAAUUCCUUUGACGACUGCAAGAAGAUGCUCCUGGGCAACCAGAACGCCGUCAUCGACCGGCCCAAGCUGUACACCUUCCACGGCGUCAUCAGCAGUACCCAGGGCUUCACCAUCGGCUCAUCCCCCUGGGACGAGUCCUGCAAGAAGAAGCGCAAGGCGGCCGGCACGGCGCUCGGCCGGCCAGCGCUGCGCAACUACUUUCCCAUGUUCGACCUUGAGAGCUUCUGCAUCGUGCGUGAUAUGAAGGGCGACAGCCGCAACGGCGAGCUCGAGGUUGACGUGCGACCUUACAUCCAGCGUUACGCGCUCAACACCACCCUAACGCUCUGCUACGGCAUCCGCAUGGACGAGGUCUACGACGAGCUGCUGCGCGAGAUCCUGCACGUCGGCUCCGCCAUCUCGCUGCUGCGCAGCGCGUCCGAGAACCUGCAGGACUACGUGCCCUUCCUGCGCUACCUACCUAACAACGAAAAGAACGCGCGCUCCCAGGAGCUGCGUGACCGGCGCGACGCCUACCUAAACUUGCUUCUGGACAAGGUCCGCGACAUGAUCAAGCGUGGCGUCGACAAGCCCUGCAUCUCGGCGGCCAUCCUCAAGGACAUGGAGAGCAAGCUCACUGGCGUCGAAGUCUCGUCCAUCUGCCUGUCGCUCGUAUCGGGCGGUUUCGAGACCAUCCCAGGUACCCUGACGUCGUGCAUCGGCUCUCUGUGCACGGCCGAGGGCCAGAUUUGGCAGGACCGUGCGUACGAGGACAUCAAGCGCCACUUCCCGGAUAUGCGCGACGCCUGGACAGCCUCCUUCGUUGAGGAGAAGAUACCUUACAUCAACGCCAUAGUCAAGGAAGCCGGCCGGUACUACACCGUCAGCUCCAUGAGUCUGCCGAGGAAGACAGUCACCGAGGUCAACUGGAACGGGGCCAUCAUCCCGCCCAAGACGAUGAUCUUGAUUAACGCGCAAGCCGGCAACCACGAUGUCGACCAUUACGGCCCCGAUGCGGGACGCUUCGAUCCAGAGAGAUGGCUCAAGAGCAUUGACCCGCCGGCCGAGGCUGAGGUCAAUGGGCUCGGCCACCUCAGCUUCGGAACGGGCUCCCGGGCCUGCUCGGGACAGUAUAUCGCAUCCAGGCUUGUGUACACCGCGCUAGUCCGGAUCUUGUCGUCGUACAAGAUUGUGGCGAGCGAGACGCACCCGCCCAACACGGACUACGUGGAUUACAACCAGUUCAAGACAGCCCUGGUGGCUAUCCCUAGGGAGUUCAAGGUCCGGCUCAUCCCGAGAGACUCGAACAUGACGAGCGAAUGCUUGGAUGCAGCCGAGCAGAGGACGAAGGAGCACUACAAGGAGUAG